AUGACGGGCGGCCGACGGACCUCGUCAGUUACAGCACAGAUUUCAAGACAAGCAAGACGCUUCUCAACUGCAAUCGCACCAACGCUCACAAAAAUCGAAGUGGUCCAUAUUCUACAGAAAUUGGAUAGUGUGCACAUCAAGCUAAAUGAUAUUUCACAGUUGCAAGCGGCCAUCGAGAAUUACGUGAUGCGCAAUUCGGUUCAAUUUGACCCCGUUGAACUCGACAUCUAUAACAAAGAGGGUUAUCGAUUCAUGCAGGCGAGCGUGUUCCCCGACGAAAUUAUUCUGCAAGAGGGCCACAAAAAAAUCUGCGAAAUCACUUUGAUCGACAAUGAGGAUUCGACGAAUAUCCUCAAGAUCAAGCAUCCCGUCUCAGGAAUGACAGUGUACGAGCUUCGCGAGCUCGGAGGGACCAUUUUGAUUCAAGCAAACACCGAUGAUUUGAAAGGUGCUCGCAUCAUGACCCAGAAUUCGGGCCUCAGCACGCUAUUCAUGCAAUGUGGCUGCUCAUUUACAAAAGAAACAUGGUCGGUGAUGACACAGGACACAAUGAUGGCGACAGUCAAGCCGAAUCGCUCAUUCUUCUCGGAAAACCAAAUAAAAAUUGAAUGGAUGGAAAACUGCGAGAACGAGCUUCGCCUCAUCUCUUUGGCGUAUGGCAUCGCUCAAAUGAUUCGUGGGGCUUUUCCACAAUUAUUCCACAUUGUCAAAGAGUUCCGCAACCGGAAUCAGUGA